GCUGCGUCUACUUGUGUUUUGUUUACAAAUGCUGCACGACUUCUGUAAAGAAUGGCGAUCUCUAUAGCCAUCCUGGACUGUGACCUCCUCUUACAUGGCCGAGGACAAAAAACCCUGGACCGCUUUGACCUGGACUCUGUCUCCGACCAUUUCCUCCUCUCACAGUUUGGCUUCCCCAGACAUUUCAUCCUCUACCUGGUGGAGUUACUCAGAGAGGCUCUGUGCAGACGUACCCAGAGGUCCAGAGCCAUCAGUCCUGAGGUCCAGGUGUUGGCAGCUUUGGGUUUCUACACAUCCGGCUCUUUUCAGACGUCUAUGGGAGAUACUAUCGGGAUCAGCCAGGCGUCCAUGUCCAGAUGUGUGUCAAACGUGACCAAAGCCCUGGUGGAGAAAGCUCCUCAGUUCAUCACCUUCAACAGAGACCCCGCCAGCAGAGACCAAAACUUCCAGGAGUUCCAGAGGGUUGCAGGAUUUCCAGGAGUUCUGGGGGUGCUGGACUGUGUUCAGGUGACGAUCAAAGCCCCGAACAGCGAGGACUUUUCCUUCGUGAACAAAAAGGGUUUCCACUCUGUGGGCUGUCAGCUGCUCUGUAACGCUCGAGGACUCUUACUCAGUGCAGAAACCUGGCCAGGAGGACUCAAAGACACGGAGAUUCUGGAGAGAUCCGCUCUCUUUAAACAGCUGCAGGACAUCGAGGAUGGCUGGCUGCUGGGCGACUGUCGUUACCCUCUGAAGAAGUGGCUGAUGACGCCGGUCGAUAACCCAGAAACCCCGGCUGAGUUUCAGUAUAAUCUGGCUCACACGACUACACAUGAGAUUGUGGACCGGACCUUCAGGGCCAUCCAGACCAGAUUCAGGUGUUUGGACGGCACCAAAGGAUACCUUCAGUACUCUCCUGAGAAAAGUUCGGCUAUCUUGCUCGCCUGCUGCGUCCUCCACAACGCCUCCCUGCAGUCCGGAUUGGACGCCUGGACUCUGGAGAGAACCGACCCUCUGGAGCAGCCCGAGAGCCUCGAGCAGAGACCCGAGGACCGGGACAGCCAUGCGGAGAACAUGCGGAAACAGCUCAUACUCAAAACAGCUGAUCUGCUCUCUGGGGCGUCAAAGACUGAACUACGACUGUGACCAGAGUUAAAAAAAAGAAAAAGUCAAAUUUAAAGCAAAAGAAUCCACAGACACGGCGUUGCUGAUGCAGUUUUUUAAUAUUUUGCUGGUUUCUACUCUACGGACUACACUAAGAUAACAUAGUUGUAUAUGGAGGAACAUGCAAGACGCUAUACAACAAACCAAGACAACAGGUGAACAUGUCACAUUUCAAAUAACACCCUGGAACCCUACAGUUAUUUAAACUGUGUGCAGCCGCCGUGUUAUCGCAGUUCCUUUACAAGUGGAAAAAGUCUCCCUCCCUCCUUUUAUGUUCAUUUUUUAAACCCUCCCACCCUCCUUAGAUCCGCCUUUACCCCACUGAUUGUUUUUUUCUUUUCCACGUCAUUCAACAAUCUCACAAUA